GGUGGUCGAAUCUAUAGUAUUGAUUUUUGAAACAACAACUUGACUAGAAACGAAAAAUAAUCAAUUAUAACAUUAUUAAAAUGUUACGAUACUAUGUAUUAAUUUAUUUGUACGUAAUUUUAGGAAUAUGUGGAUUUUACAAGAUUGCAGCUGAAACACCAGUAACAUUCGCUUUUAAAGAAUAUCAAUAUAAGGAUUCUCCGAAAAACGAAAUGACAUUCAGAGAAUUUGAAACAGCAUGUGAACAAAGUAGUGUGUGUAGUCACUUGAAUGGUUUGCAAAGAACCAGAUGCGUAAGGGAAUGUGUUUCUCCGUCCUGUUAUAGAGAGCUUUAUCAGGCAGAUCAGCUGGAAGAAGGUGAAAUUGACGUACGUUUAAACUCUUUCAAGGGUUGUUUUAUUCAGAGAAGCGGCCGUACAAGAAAUUGAUUUUAUUUAAGCACCAUAAUUAUAUCUAUGAUUUUGUGUGCAAAUAAAAUAAAGAAAAUUAAUCGAAAAGCACUAUUUGUAAUCCUGAACUCAAAAAGUUAUGGGCAGCCGGGUGAAGACAGGGUGGAUCACUAGCCAUUAAUAACGUAAAUAAGAUAUUACGCCAAUUUAACAUAUUUUAGGUGUUAAAAAAUUACAUCGAGCUAAUGACGCUUAUUACAUCAAAGGGAGUUAUAUUUAUCUACAGUAAAGAAAAUGUUUUUUUUUAUAUAUUUUAUAAUUUUCACUCAUUACUAUUUUUUUUUUCUAUUUUAUACUUAGUUAUUUAAGAUUAUUCACAUUAAUGAUAUUUUCAAUAAAAUACACCUUACAAUUUUUAUAUCAAAUAUUGUUGUAUAUUAUUAAAAACUGAACCCUUUGUGCUUAUU